CCCGCCUCCCCGCCGCGCCGUCCCGGCGGCUCCCAGCCCCCGCCCCGUUUCAUGCAAAACCAGGGGUAGAGACUUGUCCUCAGUGGCGGAGCCGCCGCGCGCUGAUUGGCCGGGGCGAACACAUUUAUUCCCUGACAAGCCCCCAUCACAUGGAUGGUUGUCUAUUAACUUGUUCAAAAAAGUAUCAGGAGUUGUCAAGGCAGAGAGAGAGAGUGUGUGUGUUUGCAAAAGGGGGUAAAGUAGUUUGCUGGCUCUUUAAGACUGAGGUGGAGAGAGAGAGAGAGAGAGCGCGGCAGGCAGAGAAAAGGGAAAAAGGAGGAAGAAGAAGUUUUUAAAAAUCAAGGCUCCGGCGGUAAUAAUAGCAGUUAUUAGCAUUAUUAAUCCAUCAGCGAAGAGGAAGAUCCUGAUCUUGAUCCAAGUGUGGUUUUGGGGAGUCCCCCUCCCCCCUUUCCUACCCCUCCCUAGGAAAAAAAAAAAAAAAAAAAAAAGGUCCGGCUCGGGACUUCGCUGCGGCUGCUCCUCGCUUCUCUGCUCAAGGCUGGUUCCAGGCAAAAGUAGUUUGAAUGUACAACAUGAUGGAAACCGAGCUGAAACCUCCCGCCCCUCAGCAAACUUCGGGGGGAGGCACGGGCAACUCCAACUCGGCCGCGAACAACCAGAAGAACAGCCCGGACCGGGUCAAGCGCCCGAUGAACGCGUUCAUGGUGUGGUCCCGCGGGCAGCGGCGGAAAAUGGCCCAGGAGAACCCCAAGAUGCACAACUCCGAGAUCAGCAAGCGGCUCGGGGCGGAGUGGAAACUUUUAUCCGAGGCGGAAAAGAGACCCUUCAUUGACGAAGCCAAGCGGCUCAGAGCUCUGCACAUGAAGGAGCACCCGGAUUAUAAAUACCGACCCCGGAGGAAAACCAAGACCCUCAUGAAGAAGGAUAAGUACACGUUGCCAGGGGGCUUACUGGCACCGGGCACCAAUACCAUGACGACUGGGGUAGGGGUUGGGGCCACCUUGGGAGCUGGGGUGAACCAGAGGAUGGACAGUUACGCGCACAUGAACGGCUGGACCAACGGAGGCUAUGGGAUGAUGCAAGAGCAGCUCGGCUACCCGCAGCACCCGGGUUUAAACGCGCACAACGCGGCGCAGAUGCAGCCCAUGCACCGCUACGACGUGAGCGCCCUGCAGUACAACUCCAUGACCAGCUCGCAGACUUACAUGAACGGAUCGCCUACCUACAGCAUGUCUUACUCCCAGCAAGGGACCCCGGGCAUGGCCCUGGGCUCCAUGGGCUCGGUGGUCAAGACGGAAUCCAGCUCCAGUCCCCCCGUAGUCACUUCCUCGUCUCAUUCAAGGGCUCCUUGCCAAGCUGGGGACCUUCGGGACAUGAUCAGCAUGUAUCUACCAGGUGCUGAAGUACCAGAACCAGCUGCCCCAAGCAGACUUCAUAUGUCCCAACACUACCAGAGUGCACCUGUUCCUGGCACAGCCAUUAAUGGCACACUCCCUCUAUCGCAUAUGUAAGACAAAGGGGCUGGGGGAGGGGGGGGGGCGGGGGGGGGGGGGAAGGAAAACUAAACUAAACAAACAAACAACAACAAAAACUUUUAUUAGAAAUUCUGGACUUUUUUUUUUUUUGGACUAUUUUUGUACAGAGAAAACGCGGGGCGG